CAAGCACCCUGCAACCCCACCUACCCUGACCUUUCCGAGUUUGUAAGGUAUUUCUUGAACUGUGCGACCCCACCACCCCGCGGUGAAACGAUCGCACCCCUCUCAAGAGUCGGUGCCACCCGCUGGGAUAGGCUACUAUUUGUUGUGGUCAUGGAACUUCUGGCUUCCGAACACCACAUCCAUCGAUCAACCAACCGACCUAGAAUAACGAACCAAUCAUCACUUGUUGGGGCCUGGGGCCUUACUUUUGUUUGAUCAUUGAUUCAUCAUAUCAAUCAAUAUAUCCAGGUCAUCGUCCUUUUCUGCUGGGUCGACCGUUAGAGGUGUCAUUCGUUUCCGGUGGACAACAGAGAGACCGGUUCUCUCUCUUUCUCGGCAAAGUCACCUCCAAGGCAGCGUCGCCUAUCAUCUCCCCAUCAUGGAUUUCAACAGUUCUUCACCAUAUCCCGAGGGCGUCAUCUCCUUCCUCGACACCGACCUGUACAAGUUGACGAUGCAGUGCGCCGUCCUGAAAUACUACAAGGAUGUACCGGUGACGUAUGCAUUCACGAACCGGACACCAGACAAGAAACUCUCCCGCAAGGCAUUCUUCUGGCUCGAGGAUCAAGUGAGGAAGCUAGGCAACAUUUCCUUGUCUGCCGAGGAGCUCAACUACCUGAAGGAGCACUGCCCCUAUCUUACGCCGGCCUAUCUAGACUUCCUCUCUGAGUUCCGCCUCCGGCCAAGAGACCAAGUCGUGCUCACGUUCCUGCCCGUGGGGGAUGACACCGGUGCCGAGAGCGAUAUUGGAGAUCUGGAUAUCAAGAUCAGCGGCACCUGGGCCGAAACCAUCCUCUACGAGAUCCCGCUUCUCGCCCUGACGUCCGAGGCUUACUUCAAGUAUAUGGAACCAGACUGGACGUACGAGGGGCAAGAGGAGCUCGCGUUUGAGAAGGGCAUGCGCUUACUCGAGGCCGGAUGCGUCUUCUCAGAGUUCGGCACCCGCCGGAGGCGUGACUACCACACCCAGGCCUUAGUGUUCAGGGGUCUUACCAGAGCCAGCAAGGAGGCGCGGAAGCGCGGCUUAUCUGGGAAGCUGUCGGGCACUAGCAAUGUUCACCUGGCCAUGCGCUUCAAUAUCCCACCCGUCGGCACCGUUGCGCAUGAGUGGUUCAUGGGCACUGCUGCGGUAGUUGGGGAUUACCGGAAGGCAACCGAAGAGGCUUUGUGUCGUUGGGUCGGAUGCUUUGGAGAAGGCGUGCUCGGAAUUGCCCUGACCGACACUUUCGGAACGCCCGAGUUCUUGAAUGCAUUCCGCAAGCCGAUCACAUAUCUAGGGGAACCCUCGCCAGUGAGAGAGAGGAAGCUGAGCAUUGCCGAUUCCUUCAUCUCGACCGAGCCCGUUGUAAGCCCGAAACGGAAGCCCAACAAGACAUACGCGGAUGUCUUCACUGGCGUUCGACAGGACUCGGGAGAUCCCAAGGGCUUUGUGCAGCUCAUGCGGAACUUCUACAACGAACACGGGAUCCACGACAAGAAGGUCAUCGUUUUCUCCGACUCACUGAACAUCGAACGUUGCUUAGAAUAUAAGCAAGUUUCGGAAGAAGCUGGCUUCCAGCCCACCUUUGGCGUGGGCACCUUCCUGACGAACGACUUUGUCAACACGACAACCGGCAAAAAGUCGACGCCCCUGAACAUCGUCAUCAAGCUGAGCUCGGCUGCCGGACGCCCAGCAAUAAAGAUCAGCGAUAACAUUGGCAAGAACACUGGCGAUAAGGCGACGGUCGAGAAGGUUAAGCGCGAGCUGGGAUACGUCGAGAAGGAGUGGGAGGGCGGUGACGAGACCGCCAGAUGGGGCCGAGAGGGAGACACGGCUAAAGCGUGAAUAAGUCCAUUGCAUCUUUUGGUAGUUCAGUUUUCACUGGUUGGGUGUUUGCCUUUCCCCGGACGAGGGGCACCUCCAGAGUUUAUAUGCAUGUGGGAAGUUUUCUGUGUUGGACUAUUGUCGGCAGCAUACCAGGAGAGAAUAGAGGCUAGAUAGUCGUCACUUGACAAAAAUCGCUCAUUCUGUAUUUCACCCCAUCGGACAUGCAACCGCUUACAGACGACAAGCUGUUUCCAUACUUUUUUUUACGCUGUCUUUCGAAUUUUAAUGGAAGCCGGAGGUUGUUAGAACUAAGGAAAGGACCUUGGUCACUUCCUCGGAUGGCCUAGCAACCCCUAUUUCGUCAAAGGUUGAUGUAGGUCCUGUUGGACGCCCACGAAAUUCUUGAAUCGAGCUGGAUCGGAUUGUACUGAGGUGAGUUGGUCGUGUGAGUGUGCUCGAACCUGG